AGUACUGCAUACACAGCGGGUGUCAUCCAUGCCAAUGCCAUGUGUUAUUUCGUCUGCAUGCACCUAACUUAAUUAUCUCCUUUCUUCACUCUUCCAUUUCUCACCCACCCAACCCCGUUUUAUUUGCAUUUUGAGAGAGAGAGAGAGAAAAAAAAAAAGAUGGAGGGUAUCACGGCCACCGUGUGCAAGGGCGUCAAAGAGUAUUGGAGGAGGAAAGGCUACCGGAGACUAAACGGGUCGGGUAGGAGAAGGAGGAACCGGGUUGAGCUGGGAAGCACCCGAACCGGGAAGGGUCGGUUCUGGCGGUGGAGGAUCAGACUCGCACCCAAGAUCCGAAUAAAAAAAAUCCCCUCUCCCAAGAAGGUUGUCCUUUGGGUGAGGGACGCGUACGUGCGGAUGAUGCUGGGCUUGGCCAACUCACGCGUCAUGACCGCUGGGGCCUCAGCUUCGGGCUUCGGUGGGCCCCUGUCAGCCGUUGACACCUCCUUCGCGGGCUUCGGUCGGGCCCAACCCAAAGAGUACGACGACAAAGCCAUCAUCCAGAUCUACAAGUCCAUCCUCAUGGCGCAUGGAGCGUUGGUACCUCGUGACGCUGCCGCAGAAAUCGCUUGCCCACGCUGACCGUUACGCUAACGGUAAACGGUGGAAGCGCCCUUUUCUCGUAAACUGUUCUAUACUCUCAGGCUCAAGCCAGUACCGUGUUAAUUAACUUCUUUUCUGUCAUUCUAUCAAAAUUUUAGAUACUCUAGUGUUUAGGUUUACUUUUAUCGUGAUUCUAUCGAUUAGAUAGAUUCAUUCUUCUUCUUCUUCUGCCUCCAGAUCUCAAUCUACAUGUCAAUUUCUCAAAAUCACUUCAAUAUAGACAAAUGCAAAUUUAUAUUCUGAAUGGAAAA